AUGAAAAAGGUAGAAGACUCAGCAAUGUUGUCUCAGAUGCACGAAGCCUCAACUUUGGGCGAGAAUUUUCGCUCGUCGGAUGCCAUGGACGCCCCCCAAGAUGGACAUCCCCAGGGUUCUUUUAGCGAAGACUCCGAACUUCCAUCUUACAAGUUAGAGCACAUGAAAUCCGAAUAUAUUGUCGAGCAUCCUCCAGAGCUGGAGAAAAUCAUCGCAAAGUGUCCUCCCAAAGCAUUAUCGACGAUAGAUGCAGAGACUGGUCGAUCCCUAGGUCCGUUACAGAUUACGAUAACAAACGAGACGCAGCAUUCUCUGGCUUCCGAUGCUGUGGAUCACCAUGCCCGUGAUGACAGGAUGGUGGAACUUGUUCAACUUCAACAGCAGCUCCUUGCUGCAAACUCCAAAAUUGCUCUUCAGGAGCAAGAGCUUGCCCAGACACGGGUCAUCAAGCAUACCCUGGACCAGGCUCUUGGACCACCGUCCGAGGCAGAUUUCGGUGGUCGUGAGAUCACGGAACAAACAAUCAGUCACUUGCAAAGUGCUUUCAAUGCUUCCAACCCUGCAUUUGGUCAGUUCCAGGACACAUGGAAUUCGCAAGAGGACUCGCAGUCGGAUAUUUCCGACGCAUUGUCCGCUGAAGGCUACAACCGUGCUCGAAGAUCAUGGAAUCCGCAGGGUCAGAUCUCAUUCGGAGUCGCAAAAAACGAUGCUCCUUUUGACAAGGCCUAUGGUGAGGCUUUCCAGGGCCCUAGCCUUGCUGCCCAGGAGUCAAAUCGAUUUUGGGGUGGCCCAGCUGCAUAUCCGGCAUUUCCAUUUCAUGGGGCGAUGCAACCGCAGAGGGCCCUUCGACUAGUGCUUACGGCUUCUAUUCUAGAGCCUCAAGCGACCAAUCUCGGUGCGUCCAAGCCCCGAGCUCUGGACCACGUCGGUCCAUUCCCCCAGGUAAGCCAAAAUGGCUUGUUCCUUCAAGCUCAGAAUACUCCCUGGGGAAGUAUGGUUCCAGGAUCUCCUACAGAACCUCCUAAAUCUCCAUCAGCCUCCACUGCAAGACCACCUAGUACUUUCCAGCCCGUCAAUACAUACAAAAUGCCGCCUUAUCACAGCCGAUCUCUGUCAACUGCUCUUUCUCCAACUGCCACCGAGUUCACAGCCGGGGGUACGAAUGGAGGACCCUCGUGGACGUCUUCUUCUCCCAGUGGAAAUUCUAUACAAAACUACGUUUCGCCCCUUGAACCUCUCAACUACCGUCGGCUCCUGGACAAAAACGUUUCAUGCGACUGGAAAUACAUCAUGGACAAAAUCGUUUGCAACAACGACCAGCAAGCAUCUAUAUUCCUGCAACAGAAGCUCAAGGUCGGCACAAUGGAACAGAAAUACGAAAUCAUAGAAGCAAUUGUCAGUCAAUCUUACUCUUUGAUGGUGAACCGGUUUGGGAACUUCCUGGUUCAGCGAUGCUUUGAGCAUGGAACCACCGAACAGAUUGUAGCGAUUGCCAAUGCAAUCAAAGGCAACACUCUUAGCCUGAGUAUGGACCCAUUUGGCUGCCAUGUGAUUCAAAAAGCAUUUGACUGCGUUCCCGAGGGCAACAAGGCUGCCAUGGUACAUGAGCUUCUUCGCCGAAUCCCAGAGACGGUGGUUCAUCGAUACGCGUGCCACGUCUGGCAGAAGCUCUUUGAACUGCGAUGGACCGGCGAGCCACCGCAGAUAAUGGCGAAAGUGAACGAAGCUCUACGUGGAAUGUGGCAUGAGGUCGCUCUAGGAGAGACGGGAAGUUUGGUGGUUCAGAAUAUUUUUGAAAAUUGCGUGGAGGAAGAGAAGCGACCGGCAAUUGAAGAAGUACUGGGGAAAGUGGAUGUACUAGCCCAUGGUCAAUUUGGCAACUGGUGCAUUCAGCAUGUCUGCGAGCACGGUGCCCCCCAUGACAAAAGUCGCGCGAUUGAGCACGUACUUCACCACGCGGUCGAAUAUAGCAUGGAUCAAUUUGCGUCCAAGAUUGUCGAGAAAUGCUUGAAAAUCGGAGGCCCGGAGUUUCUAGAUCGAUAUCUCUCUCGUGUUUGCACAGGCCGUGCCGACCGACCUCGAAUGCCGUUGAUCGACAUUGCUGGCGAUCAGUAUGGGAACUACUUGAUCCAAUGGAUUUUGAUGAAUGCCGCCCCUCAUCAGCGUGAGCUUGUUGCUAGCCAUAUUCGCAAGCAUAUGGUCUCCCUACGUGGUUCCAAGUUUGGUUCCCGUGUCGCCAUGCUUUGUUGCAACCCGUCUCAUACCACCCGUCCUGGACCUGGAACUGGCAUUCAGAUCGGACGAUUCAAUCAGUUCAACGAGGAGAGGCUCCCCUCAGCCGGCCAGAAUGGUAAUCGGUUCAACCGGGGAAAUCAUUGGAAUGCCAACUAUGCGUCGUUCCAUUAA